GCCUCCAUGCUGGGUCUGCAAGGCCCCUGCUGGGUGGGCGCGGGGUCAGACGGGGGCAUCGCUGUGAGUGAGGAGUGUGGGGACGUGCGGCUGUUUGGCUGCACCCGUCAGCCCCUGGGCUCUGUGGGUGGCCAGACAGGGCAUGUCUUCGGCAGCCCGGCAGGCGUGUGCUUGGACUCGGAGGGCAGCGUCAUCGUGGCAGAUCAGCAGCGACACCAGGUGACCCUGUUCCCUCGGACGGGAGCACCCGUCUGCCUGGUGUCCCAGGGGCUGCGGAGGCCCUCUGGUGUGGCCUGUGGGCCCCAGGGCCGGCUCAUGGUGGCAGACGCUGGGGACAGCUACAUCAAGGUGUUUGAGUACCACACAGAAUGGGCCUGA